AUGGCCGAAUCCGAACCAAGAUCAAUCAAACCGAAGCGCGCUCUCAAGGCGUGCGACUUCUGCCACAGAAGAGGCCGCGGAUGCAGAAUCGACCCGGCCGACAAUUCUCGAUGCCUAACAUGUCUUGACUUUGGAGUCAGUUGCACGUGGAACAGGCCGUCCGCUAAACGAGGUAAACCGCGUGGCUCUAAGGGAUCUGGUGUGCCAUGGACAUUGUCACCAGACAAGCAUGGGUCGCGAGAGCUCAUACAAGACUUACUCAUCAAUUUCUUCGAGUCUGUGUAUCCAGUGUUGGUUCUCCCAGACCGUCGUGUUUCCACCAUGAUUGACGUUCCCAGGGUUUGCACCGUGCAUGAGCAAUCAUUCAUGCAUCACUGGCAUACGAAGCAAAUACCGUCAGGUAGGGCAUCAUAUGCGAGGUUGAUGUCCGUGUGCGCUUUGAGCGCUUGUAGGAUUGCUAGUGGCGCAACUUUCACUCCCCGGGAAAUCUCAUGCGCAGUAACCCCUAACGUGUACUUGGACGAAGCUAUCGCGGCCAUCCCAGGAACCUUCGGCGAAUCCCUGGAGUUCGAGUACCUACAAGCGAUUAAUCUUGUUUGCCUGACCGCUCGAGAGUGCGGCAAUGCAGCAUUGCUUCAACAGUACCUCGGUCUCUACCAUGGUGCACUUGCAGAACAAGGAUAUUACGACGAAAGACGCUGGCCUAGUGGCAUCUCGACAAUUGAGAGAGAAGAGAGAAGACGGCUGUAUUGGCACAUGUAUCGGCUCGAAAUACAUACCUCUCUCGUGCUUGGACAUGCCGUACGAUGUCCUGAGCUCCAAUCUGCCGUUGCCUAUCCCACCCUCCCUGAUCAGGAUUUCACCGAAUCUAUGGAAAAUCUUGAAUGGCUUACUGGAUGGAACUUUAUCACUGAUAUAUACCGAGGUAUCGAACACCUGAUCUCCUACUUCAGAAACAAGAGAACGACGAUUCAUCUAGACAAUCGCUGCCUGUCUACGGCGUUCCUUAUUGAUUACGACCCGCAGGAAAAGAUAGUACGCCCGCUCAAUUUGGCGUAUUCCAACCUACCGCUUCGCUUCAAGAAGGCCCAAAGGGUAUCGCAAGACAUCCGCCUGAACCGGUGCGGGUUUCAAACAGCCAAUAUAAUAGCCACGUACCAGCUUUUACGAAUGCUUUCAUUCACAUCAAAUGACACGACAUUUCACGAGGCUUGCAGGACUGCGCUGGAAUUGAUUGAGGAAAUCUCGUCUAUCCCAAUGGAGUAUAUGCGAGCCAUGGGGUUGGCAAUGAUACAGGAGCUAUCCGGUCUCGGCCACAUCCUCAGCAGUUUCAUUAAAAAAGAACUUCCUAGAUCUGACUAUCAACACCUGAGAAUGGUGAUGGUAUGUAUGGCUGAGUUGCUCGAGAAUCUGGCCACGAGCAUUCCAGCUGCAGCAUGGGUCUGUAAUCGUCUCCGUGAAUAUGUUGAGCAGAUCGACCGCUACUUUGAGCUCCGACCACUUCAAGAGGAUGCUGCAGACCACGAACUCGGUCGAGUCGAUGAAGUUGCCGUCCAAGACUUUGACCCUGAAAUCUUUAUUCCUCUGGAGCUACUUCAACGCAUCCCAUGGGACUGGACAGAGCAGCGACAGAUGACAUGA